AAGAUGAACUUUGGGUGAACUAAUUUGUCUGACCAAGGUAACGUGGGCAGCAACCUGGGCCGCCUAUAAAGCGGCGCGUGGUGGGGCUCAGCGCGCUGCGGCGGCAGGUGGCGCGGAAGGCGGGCUCGCCAUGGGGCUCCCGGCGCUGCUGGCCAGCGCGCUCUGCACCUUCGUGCUGCCGCUGCUCCUGUUCCUGGCCGCGAUCAAGCUCUGGGACCUGUACUGCGUGAGCAGCCGCGACCGCAGCUGCGCCCUCCCUCUGCCCCCCGGAACGAUGGGCUUUCCCUUCUUUGGGGAAACACUGCAGAUGGUGCUACAGCGGAGGAAGUUCCUGCAGAUGAAGCGCAGGAAAUACGGCUUCAUCUACAAGACGCAUCUGUUUGGGCGGCCCACGGUGCGGGUGAUGGGCGCGGAUAACGUGCGGCGCAUCCUGCUGGGCGAGCACCGGCUGGUGUCGGUCCACUGGCCCGCGUCCGUGCGCACCAUCCUGGGCUCCGGCUGCCUUUCCAACCUGCACGACUCCUCGCACAAGCAGCGCAAGAAGGUAAUCAUGCGGGCCUUCAGCCGCGAGGCGCUGCAGUGCUACGUGCCGGUGAUCGCCGAGGAGGUGGGCAGCUGCCUGGAGCGGUGGCUGCGCUGCGGCGAGCGCGGCCUGCUGGUCUACCCGCAGGUGAAGCGCCUGAUGUUCCGCAUCGCCAUGCGCAUCCUGCUGGGCUGCGAGCCCCGCCUGGCGAGCGGCGGCGACGCCGAGCAGCAGCUGGCGGAGGCCUUCGAGGAGAUGACCCGCAACCUCUUCUCGUUGCCCAUCGACGUGCCGUUCAGCGGGCUGUACCGGGGCGUGAAGGCGCGGAACCUCAUCCACGAGCGCAUCGAGGAGAACAUUCGCGCCAAGAUCUGCGGGCUGCGGGCGGCCGAGGCGGGCGCCGGCUACAAAGACGCGCUGCAGCUGCUGAUCGAGCACUCGUGGGAGCGGGGGGAGAGGCUGGACAUGCAGGCCCUAAAACAAUCUUCAACCGAGCUCCUCUUUGGAGGACAUGAAACCACGGCCAGCGCAGCCACGUCUCUGAUCACUUACCUGGGGCUCUACCCUCAUGUUCUCCAGAAAGUGCGCGAGGAGCUGAAGAGUAAGGGUUUACUUUGCAAGAGCAAUCAAGACAACAAGUUGGACAUGGAAACUUUGGAACAGCUUAAAUACGUUGGGUGUGUUAUUAAAGAGACCCUUCGACUGAACCCCCCAGUUCCAGGAGGGUUUCGGGUUGCCCUUAAGACUUUUGAAUUAAAUGGAUACCAGAUUCCCAAGGGCUGGAAUGUUAUCUACAGUAUCUGUGACACUCACGCUGUGGCAGACAUCUUCACCAACAAGGAGGAGUUUAACCCUGACCGAUUCAUGCUCCCGCACCCUGAGGACGCAUCCAGGUUCAGCUUCAUUCCAUUUGGAGGAGGCCUGAGGAGCUGUGUAGGAAAAGAGUUUGCAAAAAUUCUUCUCAAAAUAUUUACAGUGGAGCUGGCCAGGCAUUGUGACUGGAGGCUUCUAAAUGGACCUCCUACAAUGAAAACCAGUCCCACGGUGUACCCUGUGGACGAUCUCCCUGCAAGGUUCACCCGUUUCCAGGGGGAAAUCUGAUGGGCAUGGAUGCCUAGACCUCGGACUUAUUGGAAAUGUACAUAUGAGUUUUUACAUAGUGUCAUUUUGAUUUUAUUGUAUUUAAUUUCUAAAUGUAUAUUAUAAUAUUUAUGUGUCUCUACUACAGUACCACAGUCUUUAAAUAUUAAAAUAAUGAAUUUUGUAUAGUUCCCAAAUAAAGUAAAAUUUGAAGGUG